AUACACGUACAUCAAUAUAAAUUUUGAGAGAGAGAGAGAGAGAGAGAGAGUUAUAGAGAGAGAGAGGACCCUCAAAGAUUUUGCCCCGAAGCCCAAACAGAAGCCUGCCUUAUUUGCAGAGAGAGAAUACAAAGGACGACUUAAAGCGAGAACGCGAAGAACAGAAACUGCAGAGGCAGACUCUAGAGAGAGAGAGAGUAGAGAGAGAAAGACAAAUUGGUUGGCCAUACAAUUCAAUCAACUCAUCGUCUUUCUUCUUAUCCAAUCCGUGGUUUUUCGUGUUUGAAAAAGAUUUUGGGGCUUGAGUUGCCAAUUUUUGACAAGGGAUUUCGGUCUGGUGAGGAAGAAAGAGGGAUUUGGAUCGGUUUGGGUUGGUAAAAUUGGUGUCUUCCUUGGAUUAACCACUUAGACAUGUUUGAAGAGAGCUCUUGUGUAGCUUCGAGGGGCUAUUCGAUAACCUGUGAACCCGAAAACAAUUGGGUUUACAUGAAUAACAGCAAGCGGCCAUUGGAAAUUCAUGGUGACAAAGAAGUUAAAAGGAAGUUGUCUAAGCAAUUGCGCGCUCAUGAAAGGGUCGAACAGCCUCUAGAGUUGCAUGACACUUCAUCCAGCAGUGGUCGGUGCAGCUCGCACAAUCCAGGGCUGUCACUCAAUGAGGAAGCCCCAGCGGAACGGUCAAAUAAGAAUGAACAGUCAGUGUCCUCAGAGGACCAAUCUGGUAGUCACGGUCAAGCUGGGGAUAAUUCAGACUGGGCUCCCCUUAUCCAUCAAAUUGGCGACGAAACUAACAGUGGACAAUUAACGACCUCAGCAGACCAGUCUGGUAACCAGCGUCAAGCAGGGGAUACUUCAGACUCAGCUCCCCCUAUCCAUCAAAUUGGCAACGAAACUAACAGUGGACAAUCACCGUCCUCAGCACACCAGUCUGGUAACGAGCAUCAAGAUGGGGAUAAUACUGGUGACCAGCGUCAAGCUGGGGAUAAUUCAGAUUCAGCUCCCCUUAUCCAUCAAAUUGGUUAUGAUCCCUCAAUUAACUGUCUCGUUCGAUGCUCAAGAUCUGAUUAUGAUUCUAUAGCAUCUCUGAACUCAAGCUUCCACUCUCUCAUUCGGAGUGGUAAACUUUAUACACUGAGGCGGCAGGAAGGUGUGAUUGAACACUGGAUCUAUAUUUCUUGCCGCCUCCUUGAGUGGGAAGCUUUUGAUCCAUAUCGUGGCCGGUGGAUGCACUUGCCACUGAUGCCUUUCAAUGAAUGCUUCAUGUGUUCAGAUAAGCAGUCCUUGGCUGUUGGUACUGAGCUCCUCGUAUUUGGAAAAGAGCUGACUUCCGAGGUCAUAUACAGAUAUAGUUUGUUGACAAACACAUGGACUUCUGGAAUGAGGAUGAAUGCUCCAAGAUGCUUGUUUGGGGCUCACAGCCUCAGGGAGAUUGCUAUUUUUGCUGGUGGUUGUGAUUCAGAUGGCAAUAUCCUUAGUACCGCAGAACUUUAUAAUUCUGAAACUGGAACUUGGAUGGAACUCCCAAGCAUGAAUAAGCCGCGGAAGAAUUGUGCUGCAGUAUUUAUGGAAGGAAAGUUUUAUGUGAUUGGCGGAAUUGGAGGAAGUGAUUCAAAGCUUCUUACAUGUGGAGAGGAGUAUAAUUUGGAGACAAGAAGUUGGACCAUAAUCCCUAACAUGUCCCCUGUAAGGACUGGAGCAGCCAGGGAAAUAGAGAUACCUGCUACAGCAGAGCCACCCCCUAUGGUUGUUGUUGCAAAUAAUGAGAUGUAUGCAGCUGAUCAUGCAGACAUGGAAGUGAGGAAGUAUGAAAAGGAUAGUGGAGUUUGGGUUACCGUGGGGAGAUUGCCUGAACGGGCAAGCUCCAUGAAUGGUUGGGGCUUGGGAUUUAGGGCAUGUGGAGAUCAGCUCAUUGUUAUAGGUGGACCUAGAGCUUUGGGUGAUGGGCUUAUAGAAAUCAAUUCAUGGGUCCCAAGUGAAGGCCCUCUGCAUUGGAACUUACUUGCCCAAAAGCAAUCUGGUGGUAACUUUGUUUAUAACUGUGCUGUGAUGGGAUGCUGAAGAUUUGGACUUGGCGGCACUGCAUACACUGUUAUGGCACCUUGCACUAGAUGGGAUCUACAUGAUUCUUAUCUUCAUCAGCACAAGGUUCUUCCUACUGGGUAAUUCAUCCCAACUCUUUUUCUUUUUCGUUUUUUUUUUUUCCCAAAUGGAGGAUGGGGGAGAAUAUCAGAAUUUACCCAAGAUUCAACAAUCUGUUUUCUAGGAAGAAGGUUUUGAGUUAUUUGUUCAAAACCCUAUUUAUGUUUUCUUCCAUUGAAUUUGUCUUCCCCCAUUUUCAGUAACAUGAGAAUUUUCAAAGGUGAGCAUUGUGUAGCGAAGGGACAGGUUUUAAUAAUUUGAAGUACCAAUAUAUUGGUAGGUUUUACUUGGUGUUUGCCAAAGCCUUUUUCAAGAA